AUGGUGCCACGGGUCACCAAGGAUACCAGGAGGGUCGCCUUGUUCGACCACGAGGACGAGCGUGUCGCGCUCGCUGCGCCGCUGCCGCUGGUAGGCGGGCCUGGCAGUGGCUACGUCCUCCGCUUGACGGAGGUCCGCGGCAGGCUGGGGCUCGGCGUCUGCGCUGACAGACAGGAGCCGGCGAAGACCGAGGUCUGGGUUCUCGGCCGGCAGUACAGCGUGCAGAUGCAGACGGGGGUGUGGCAGCGGCCCGCGGGCUCACACUUCGCGCUCCGCGGCUACGUGCUCACCGCGAUCGCGGACGAUAACAACCGGAAGCACGUGAUCGCGUACAACACAGCAUAG